AUGGCCAGCCUCCCAUUCUUGACCUCCUUCAGCUUCAACUCCUUCAUCGACUUCUCGUCCUUUCCAAAACCCAACGGAACGGGCCUCCAGGGUAGGCCGGGUCACCCGAGCCACCCAAGCCCUUUUCAAGGCCCAAGAACCGGGCUUGGCCCAGUCCUGAUACCUCCUGUGCUCGGCAAAGCCCAUGAGCGCCAUCUCGAGGACGAACAAUGUGUAGGAGUCGGCCCAGUAGUUGUAGGUGCCAGCUGGCGGGAUGACCCCUGUCUUGAACCACGGGAGGGCUGUCUCGGGAGGGAUGAGGCCCGCCUUCCCGAGGAUCUCGGGGGCGAUGGCCCCCGCAGCCCCCAGCAUGGCGAAGCGCCCGUUUAUGAUCUCGCCGUAGGCCAGCCAUUUGGGCUCGAUGAAACCACCCGUGGAGUAGAAGCAGCUUUGACAACAAAUGAAACUCUUCUUGAAGAAGAAUGUAAUGGCCUGCCACUAAGAACUUGUCUGGUGGCCUCUGCGGAUGAACAGAGGGACGACGAUGAGACCAAUGCUUGUGUAGCCAUUAAAGAUUCUAUAGUGUAA